AUGCAAGGCAAGAUGCAGCAGGGCGAUUCUGUGUUGACAAGUGACGCCUCAACGGCUGGCCGGAUUCAGCUUAUUUCAGGCCUCGUCGAUAGACUAGGCAUUGAGGUGCCUUCAGCACCUCUGCCCCCACCUCCGUUCAGUGCUCCGGUAUUGAUGGCCUCAACUUCAUCCACGACAGGAGCUGGUUUAACUCCAAAAUCCAAGUCUAAAGGAUUAGAACAGCCAGUGUUCGCAUCUGCACUUGCAAUAACAACAACACCAACACGAUGCAAGAGUGCUAGACUCAAUAGACUGGAACGACAAAAUGAAAUAUUAAGACCAACAGAAAGCCGUCUUUAUUCCCUAUUCACUUUCUCUCCUUUCAGUCCUACAAGUACAACUUGUACUGAUCGUGAAAAGCCGGUCUUUUCCUCAGACGGUGAGAUGGAUGAAGCAGUAGGGGAUGAUGAUGAGGAAGAUGUGGAAGAUGAAGACAAUAAGGAAAUAACUAAUGUUUUUGAGGAAGUUGCAGAAGGAACAGGCCGGCUAUUUGAAAGAAAUGAACAUGGAAUACGGAACAGGACUGAAAUGUCGAUCGAAGGGGUUGCAAUCCGAAAAAACGUGGCCAAUACUUAUGGACUUAGUAAUCGUGAUGAUGGAACUAAUACUGCAUCAGCUGGAAUUUUUACUCCUCGCCCUGGAAUAAUUUGUGCUCAGGCAACCAAGCGUGAUGCGACGACAGUUAACGCUUCGCUUAAUGCGUUUGCAGACGUUAGCACUGUUGGGGGCGAUGGUAGUUCUGGCAUUUUUCCUUUGGAGGAGGCCUCCGUGAGCCAAGCAACAAUGAUAGACUACUCGACCUGGCAACUUUCGGAUGAGCGCUCUCAUGGUCUGGAGGCGCGGGAAGAACGACUUUACCAAAGCCUUGUCACCAUCACAAGAGCUGCAAUAGAUGCUGCCGUCAAGACUAAAGGUAGGGAGAUUAACUAG